AUGGAAGGCGACGAUUUAUUCGACGAGUUUGGAAAUUUGGUCGGAGUUGAUCCUUUUGAUUCCGAUGAAGAAGAAAGUGCGCUGGAUGAGCAGGAAGAAUAUGAAACCGGUACGUUAGAGGAGAGCGGCAAGAACAAUGAGAUUGAGAGCAGACAGUUCACCUCGUCGGAAGGCUACAAUGAAGUUGGAACAGCCUUGGACCAUCCUUAUGGUAAGGAAGUGGAAGUAUUAAUAGAAACCGAGAACAAACAGUCAGCGAAGACUCCAUUAGUAGAGCCGGUUGCAGAGCGAACCAAGUUGCAAGAGCAUACAAUUUUUACACAGUUAAAAAAAAACGUUCCGAAGACUAGAUAUAACCGAGACUAUAUGCUGUCAAUGGCUGAUAUUCCAGAAAGGAUAAUCAAUGUCGGUGUAAUUGGACCUCUUCACUCAGGUAAGAGCUCUCUGAUGGAUCUCCUAGUAAUAGAUUCGCACAAACGCAUCCCAGAUAUGUCUAAGAAAAUAGAACUUGGAUGGAAACCGCUGAGAUAUAUGGAUAAUCUGAAGCAAGAGAUAGAUCGGGGCGUUUCCAUCAAACUUAAUGGUUCCACUCUACUUUGCACCGAUUUAAAAUCCAAGUCUAACAUGAUAAACUUUUUGGAUGCUCCAGGGCAUGUUAAUUUUAUGGACGAAACGGCAGUCGCGCUUGCAGCAAGUGAUUUGGUUUUAAUCGUGAUAGAUGUUGUAGAAGGCGUUACAUGCGUAGUGGAGCAAUUGAUAAAACAAAGCAUUAGAAAUAAAUUAGCCAUGUGUUUUGUUUUAAACAAGCUCGACAGAUUAAUUCUAGAUUUAAAGUUGCCACCAACGGACGCAUAUUUGAAGUUAAGUCAUAUAAUUGCAGAUAUCAACUCGUUCACCAAGGGACAAGUGUUUUCACCAAUACGCAAUAAUAUAAUUUUUGCAUCUACAAAGCUGGGCUUCACAUUUACUGUCAAGGAGUUUGUUUCUUAUUACUAUUCCCACUUGAUGCCUCCUUCUAAGAUGGACGACUUUACUGCACGGCUCUGGGGUAGCGUUUACUAUUAUAAGGGCAAUUUUCGGACAAAACCAUUUAGCAAUGUGGAAAAGUACCCAACUUUCGUUGAGUUUAUCCUCAUUCCGCUCUAUAAAAUAUUUUCUUACGCUUUAUCUAUGGAGAAAGAUAAAUUAAAGAAUUUGUUAAGGUCCAGCUUUAGAGUUACUCUGAGUCAGGAGGCCCUCAAGUACGAUCCACAACCGUUUUUAAAACACGUUUUACAACUAAUAUUUAGGGAACAAACCGGUCUUGUGGAUUCAAUAACAAGAUGUUAUGAGCCAUUAGAAUUAUUCGACAAUAAGGUAGCCCAUCUUUCAAGUUCAGGCAAAAAUACUUCAGAAGAAACUCUAUGGGCCCAUGUACUGAAAACUCUGGAUUAUGGUGGAGCAGAGUGGUCCCUUGUACGGAUAUACUCUGGCCUUUUAAAGAGAGGGGAUACAGUGCGUAUACUAGAUACGUCACAAUCUGAAUCACGUCAAAAUAGACAAUUACAUGAUUCAGAGACAGAAACUUUAGACGAAGGUGAGAACGAUGACGAUGACGAAGCACCUGUAUGUAAGGUUGAAGAACUUGGCUUAUUAGGCGGUAGAUAUGUCUACCCGCUACAUAAAGCACAAAAAGGACAAAUAGUGCUGAUAAAAGGUAUUUCUGGUGCGUAUAUUAAAUCUGCUACGUUGUACUCUGCAACAGGUAAGGAAGACAUGAAGCAACUAAAAUAUUUUAAACCCUUGGAUUAUAUUAAUCAGGCUGUUUUCAAAAUCGUUCUCCAGCCUUUGCUACCAAGAGAAUUACCAAAGUUAUUGAAUGCUCUGAACAAAGUUUCGAAAUACUAUCCAGGUGUUAUUAUCAAAGUUGAGGAAUCUGGUGAACAUGUUAUACUGGGAAAUGGGGAACUAUAUAUGGAUUGUUUGUUGUAUGAUUUGAGAACAAACUAUGCAAAUAUAGAAAUUAAAAUAUCUGAUCCUUUAACCGUUUUCUCUGAAAGUUGCUCAAAUGAAUCAUUCGCCUCAAUACCUGUAAAUAAUUCCAUAUCCCGCCUGAAUGAUGAAAAUUCUGUGGGUCUAUCGAUUAGUGUAACUGCCGAACCAAUGGAUUUUAAAAUGAUCCAGGACUUGAGCAAGAACACAUUGGGAAAAGGCCAAAACUACUUGGAUGUUGACGGAAUAAUGAGCAAUCCAAGGAAAUUAUCCAAGAUAUUGAGAACAGAGUAUGGGUGGGAUUCUUUGGCAUCAAGGAACGUUUGGUCUUUUUAUAAUGGCAAUGUGUUGAUUAAUGAUACUUUACCCGAUGAAAUUAGUCCUGAAUUAUUAUCCAAAUAUAGGCAACAGAUAAUACAAGGAUUUUACUGGGCUGUGAAAGAGGGGCCCUUGGCGGAAGAACCGCUUUAUGGCGUACAGUAUAAACUGUUAUCGAUCACAGUACCUUCAGAUAUAAACAUUGAUGUUAUGAAAAGUCAAAUUAUUCCAUUGAUGAGAAAAGCCUGUUACGUUGGAUUGCUGACAGCAACUCCAACUUUGCUGGAGCCCAUUUAUGAAGUUGACAUCACGGUUCAUGCUCCAUUGCUACCAAUAGUUGAAGAACUCGUAAAGAAGAGACGUGGAAGCAGGAUAUACACGACAAUAAAAGUGGCGGGGACGCCAUUAUUGGAGAUUCGUGGACAAAUUCCAGUUAUCGAAUCUGCAGGAUUUGAGACAGAUUUGAGAUUAUCUACGAAUGGUCUUGGCAUGUGUCAGCUGUACUUUUGGCACAAGAUAUGGAGAAAGGUGCCUGGGGGUGUUUUGGAUAAAGAUGCAUUUAUUCCAAAGUUAAAACCCGCACCUAUCAAUAGUUUGAGCCGUGAUUUUGUGAUGAAAACAAGAAGGCGGAAGGGUAUUUCUACGGGUGGCUUUAUGUCAAAUGAUGGCCCAACGCUAGAAAAGUAUGUAAGCGCUGAACUAUAUGUGCAAUUAAGAGAAAACGGCUUAGUACCGUAA